AUGAACGCCAGCGCCAUUCUGCUCUUCCUGGGACUGAUGGGGACAGCGUUCAGCAGCCCGGUUUGUCCUCAAAACUGCAACCACGCUCAGCACUAUCACAGGCAGUACUUCACUCAUGUGUCCGACCUCCAAGAGUCUUCAGCCGCGCCCUGGAAACUACAAAAAAACUCUAAAGAAGGCCGAGAACCACAGACGAUCAUGGAGGCCAAAUGCAUGCCUUGCAGUGUGGAGAACAUGGUGGCCAAACCAAUCUUCAUACAGAUUCAGGUGUACGAGACAACACCGCAUGGGUAUUGCAGCUGUCCGUUCGAUCUGGCGGUCGGAUGCACCUGUGUCGCGAGUAAAUGA